AGAGGAUGGAAGUGAAUGCAGUAAGAGGAGGAGGAAGCGGAGAUGAAAACACAGCUGAUAGCGGCCAGACAGUGUGCCACCUCGGAGCAUAGCCGGCCGCAGCGGGGGGCUGUCCCCGGAGACCCUCUUCUCCCACAAUCCGUUGCUGCCCCGGUCUGCUUCAUUGUGCUAUGUACCUGAUGUCCUGGACGGCGCUGUGCCCGCUGCCCGCCUCCCGGUAACCCCGUGCACUGUAGGCGGGGGUCUCGGCGCCCACCAUGGGCUUCCUGCACCAGCUGCACCUUUUGCUUUGGAAAAAUGUCACCCUGAAGCGGAGGAGCCCGUGGGUCCUGGCGUUCGAAAUCUUCAUCCCUCUGGUCCUGUUCUUCAUCUUGCUGGGACUGCGCCAGAAGAAGCCCACGAUCCGCAUGAAGGAAGUCUCGUUCUACACUGCGGCACCUCUUACCUCCGCCGGGAUCCUGCCGGUCAUGCAGUCUCUGUGUCCCGAUGGCCAGAGAGAUGAGUAUGGGUUCCUGCAGUACACAAACUCCACGGUCACCCAGCUCCUGGACCGGCUCACAGAAGUGGUGGAGAGCAGCAACCUGUUUGAUACAGACAGGCCGGGGUUGGAGGAAGAGCUGGAGUCUCUGAAGAAUCACCUGGAGUCAUUGGGCAGUGACCGAGGCUCCCUGGAGAACCAUUUCCACCGCCAGUCAGGCUUUACUUUGGAUUCAGUAGUAAAAAACAAGACGGAUUUCCGUGAAUUCCUCCAGUCCAAUCUCUCCCUGCCCAGUAACGUUGUUGAUUUACUGGCCGGCUCCAGUAUAAAUCUGCAAGCGGUUUACAACUUGCUCUUCAGCCCUUCUCACCUGUCGACUGAGGAUUUGUCAGCUAAGAGCCCCUGGGAUGCAGCCACAUCAGCAGGAGGGCAGAUCUUCAAUCUCCAUGGGAACGUUCUAGGCAAAUGGAAAUCAUUCCAGGAGGGGUUGAUUCACAAGGCCCUCCGAGACCCUCUGAAAUCCGAACACAGGGUGGCGCUCCUCAGGCUCCUGACCCUUGCACUCGGCCUUGCCAUCCACGAUGUGUCGUCUGAAAGCUACGACCCUCAGGCCGCGGUGAAGGAGAUAGAGGAAAUUCUCUUCACUCCAAAAGAACUGGAGUUCCUGACUUGUGAAGGGAGUUUGGAUCAGCUCGGGAGUAUCCUUGGAGUAUCUGAAGCCAAGCGACCCCUGCUCGCCUCCUAUAAGAACAUUGUAUGUGAUGGCAGUGAGCCUGCACGGAUGGAGCGUUUCCAAGAACUGGCCGGGGAGCUGAGGGAGCAGGUGGACAUACACAAGACGGUCAGCCGUCUUCGCCUGGAUGAGGUAAAUGCCAAUGAAACACAGCACCGACUGCGCUCGCUCCUGGAGGAUCUGCUGCAAGUGGAGAAAAUCCUGAAAGACGUGGAUAUACUCUCUGCCCUGGCCAAGCUGUUACCCAAAGGCGCCUGUGCCAGCAAAAGCAACCCAACGUCGGUUAAUGCCACUAACUGGAACUUCAACACCACCAGUAAUGCCAACUCCACCGGAGAAGAGGAAGAGGGCAGAGUCCAUGGGAGCAAGGCAGAUGAAGAAAACCCCCGCAGCCAAUUUUCGGCCUUUGUUCAGCUCUGGGCUGGCCUGCAGCCCAUCCUCUGCGGCAUCAACCGAACCAUUGAGCCAGAAGCCCUGAAACAAGGGAAUAUGAGCUCCCUGGGCUUUACCAGCAAAGAGCAGAGGAACCUGGGGCUUCUUGUGCACCUCAUGACCACCAACCCCAAAAUCCUUUACUCUCCUGUAGGAACGGAGGUUGACAAAGUCAUCCUGAAGGCCAAUGAGACGUUUGCAUUUGUGGGCAACGUGACGCAAUACGCCAAGAUGUGGAUGAACAUCUCGGCAGAGAUCCGCAGUCUGCUGGAGGACGGGAUGCUGCAGCAACGUAUCCAGCGGCUGCAAGAGGUUACCAGCUAUCUGCAGAAACUUCCAGAGUUUCAGAACGGCUCAGACAGCGAAUUGCUGCGCGCGGUGCUCAGCUCUAACUUCACCGCGCUCAACGCCAGCACCCUGCUGCAGCAGCUGGACACCAUUGACAACGCAGCGUGCGGCUGGACGCGCUUUAUGUCUAAGGUCAGCGUAGACAUAUUCAAGGGGUUCCCCAAUGAGGACAGCAUUGUGAAUUACACCCUGAACCAGGCCUAUCAGGACAACGUGACGGUGUUCGCAAGUGUCAUCUUCCAAACCAAACCUGAUGGUUCUCUCCCUCCGCACGUCAUGUACAAGAUCAGACAGAAUUCCAGUUUUACAGAAAAGACCAAUGAAAUCCGCCGGGCGUACUGGAGGCCCGGACCCAACACUGGAGGCCGCUUCUACUUCCUUUACGGCUUUGUCUGGAUACAAGAUAUGAUGGAGAGAGCGAUAAUUAAUACCAUUGUGGGCCAUGAUGUAGUGGAACCUGGAAACUAUGUGCAGAUGUUUCCAUAUCCGUGUUACACGCGUGACGACUUCCUGUUUGUGAUCGAGCACAUGAUGCCGCUGUGUAUGGUCAUCUCCUGGGUGUAUUCUGUAGCUAUGAUGAUCCAACACAUAGUAGCCGAGAAGGAGCAUCGUCUGAAAGAGGUGAUGAAGAUGAUGGGUCUGAAUAACGCCGUGCACUGGGUGGCCUGGUUUAUCACAGGCUUUGUUCAGCUCUCCAUCUCCGUGACCGCUCUUACCGGCAUCCUAAAGUACGGCCAAGUCCUCAUGCACAGCAAUGUCUUCAUCAUCUGGCUCUUCCUCUCCAUCUACGCUGUGGCCACCAUCAUGUUUUGCUUCCUGGUGUCCGUACUUUACUCCAAGGCUAAGUUGGCCUCUGCCUGCGGUGGGAUAAUCUACUUCCUCAGCUACGUUCCCUAUAUGUAUGUCGCGAUCAGGGAAGAAGUGGCACAUGAUAAAAUCACCGCCUUCGAGAAGUGCAUUGCCUCGCUCAUGUCUACAACUGCCUUUGGCCUCGGCUCCAAGUACUUUGCAUUGUACGAGGUGGCAGGGGUCGGAAUCCAGUGGAAAACAUUAAGCCAGUCUCCGGUGGAAGGGGAUGACUUCAACCUCAUGCUGUCCAUGAUGAUGCUGAUAAUUGAUGCAGUAGCGUACGGCAUUUUGACCUGGUACAUUGAAGCCGUUCACCCAGGCAUGUAUGGACUUCCCCGACCCUGGUACUUUCCCUUCCAACGAUCUUAUUGGCUCGGAAGUGGUCGUAUAGAAACCUGGGAAUGGUCUUGGCCAUGGUCGCGGCCAACUCGUCUUAGCAUCAUGGAAGAAGACCAAGCCUGUGCCAUGGAGAGUCGAAGACUAGAGGAGACCCGCGGAAUAGAAGAAGAACCCAAUCAUCUCCCGUUAGUUGUUUGUAUUGACAAGCUGACUAAAAUCUACAAGACCGGUAAAAAGCUGGCACUGAACAAACUGAGCCUGAAUCUGCACGAGAACCAGGUGGUGUCUUUCCUAGGACAUAACGGAGCGGGAAAAACCACCACCAUGUCCAUCCUCACCGGUCUGUUUCCCCCAACCUCUGGUUCAGCCACCAUCUAUGGACAUGAUAUUCGCACUGAAAUGAAUGAGAUUCGGAAGAGUUUGGGCAUGUGUCCUCAACACAACGUGCUCUUCGACAAACUGACUGUAGAAGAACAUCUCUGGUUCUACUCCCGACUGAAGGGCAUGGCUGAGGAGGCAAUACGCAAGGAGAUGGGCAAGAUGAUUGAAGACCUGGAGUUAUCAAACAAGCGUCACUCUCUGGUCCAGACCCUAUCCGGAGGAAUGAAAAGGAAGCUGUCCGUGGCGAUUGCUUUUGUCGGUGGGUCCAAAGCUGUUAUAUUAGACGAGCCAACAGCCGGCGUUGACCCCUAUGCAAGAAGGGCAAUAUGGGAUCUUAUUCUGAAGUACAAACAAGGCCACACCAUCCUCCUCUCCACCCAUCAUAUGGAUGAAGCCGAUCUUCUGGGUGACCGCAUUGCGAUCAUUUCUCACGGGAAGCUAAAAUGUUGUGGCUCUCCGCUGUUUCUGAAGAGUACCUACGGAGAUGGAUAUAAAUUAACGGUGGUGAAAAAGCAGAGUGGCCCAGAUUUCGGCUCAACCUCCUGUAUCAGUCCCUGUUCAGAACCGCGGGUGUCUCAGUUUAUUAAGAAAUAUGUGGCCUCCUGUCUCCUGGUCUCUGACACAAAUACGGAGCUGUCCUACAUCCUCCCCAGCGAGUCCAUCAGGAAAGGCUGUUUUGAGCGUCUCUUCCAGCACCUUGAGCAGAGCCUUGAUGAUCUAGACUUAACCAGCUUUGGACUGAUGGACACGACCUUGGAAGAAGUUUUCCUCAAGGUGUCAGAAGAAGACCAGUCCCUUGAAAACAGUGAUGCAGAUAUGAAGGAGUCGAAGAAAGACACUUUGCGGCCUAUUAUUCAGCCAGAUUCCAGCACUGAUCCAUCAUCCUUGACUGAUCCAGAAGACAAACCCGAAGUAGAACUCAACAACUUUGCAUCAGAAGUUCUCCCGGGUCUGUCCCCUGGUUCCCUGCGUUCUGGCUCAUCCUCUUCUGUGGGAUCUGUGAGAGGAGAGGAAGGUGGAGCGUACGCCGAGUUCUACGGUGACUACUCGCCGUUGUUUGAUACCUCACAGGAUGUGGAGAACCUAAGCCUGCAAGAUCCAGAGGUCGAGGAGCAGGUCAUAGACGGUCAAGGCAGCUACAAGCUGGAAGGUUCCUGGCUGAAGCUGCGGCAGUUCCAUGGACUGAUUGUAAAGCGUUUCCACUGUGCAAAGAGGAACACCAAAGCCCUCUUCUCCCAAAUUCUUCUCCCCGCAUUCUUUGUAUGCGUUGCCAUGACUGUGGCAUUGUCUGUGCCCGAGAUUGGUGAUCUCCCGCCGCUGAUCUUGUCCCCCUCUCAGUAUCACAACUAUACUCAGCCCAGGGGUAACUUUGUUCCUUACGCUAAUGAAGAGCAGCCAGAGUACAGGUUAAAGCUGUCCCCAGACGCCAGUCCUCAGAUGCUCGUUAGCACGUUCUACCUACCUUCUGGUAUCGGGGCUACCUGUGUUCUAAAGACGGCGUUUAACAGCACCUUGGAUCAGCUGGUGCAAUCCCUCAAUUUAAACAGCAAUGAGUCCAAGAUGCUGGCAGCCCAGUACUUUGAUGCCAUGUGCGUGGAUUCUUUCACCCAGGGGCUACCACUCUCCAACUUUGUGCCUCUGCCGCCCUCUCCGGCCCCUUCGGAGUAUCCAACAGAGGAGGACCUCGCUCACCUGUGGAAUGCCACUACUUAUCUACCUCCCUCUGUACCUGCAGAAGACAUCACCACCACUCCUCCUCUGCCCCGGCGCAUCCAUGAGCCAGUCAGAUGUACAUGUUCCAUGCAAGGAACCGGCUUCUCUUGUCCAAAUGGGGUUGGUGGCCACCCUAACCAAAUGAAGGUUGUCACUGGGGACAUCAUGGUGGACAUCAGUGGACGGAAUGUGAGUGAAUAUCUGCUGUACACCUCGGAUCGAUUCAGACUACACAGGUACGGGGCAGUGACAUUUGGAAAUGUGCAGAAAUCUAUCCCAGCAUCCUUCGGGACAAAGGCGCCCCCUAUGUUACGGAAGAUUGCGGUUAGACACACGGCUCAGGCAUUUUACAACAAUAAAGGAUACCACAGUAUGCCCACCUACCUCAAUGCCCUGAAUAAUGCCAUCUUGAGGGCCAACUUGCCAGCAUCCAAAGGAAACCGUGCCGCCUAUGGUAUCACCGUUACCAAUCAUCCGAUGAACAAAACUAGCGCCAGCCUCUCCUUGGACUACCUGUUACAAGGCACAGAUGUGGUGAUCGCCAUAUUCAUCAUUGUCGCCAUGUCCUUCGUUCCUGCGAGUUUUGUCGUGUUCCUCGUAGCGGAGAAAUCAACUAAGGCAAAGCACCUGCAGUUUGUCAGCGGCUGCAACCCUGUCAUCUACUGGUUGGCCAAUUAUGUUUGGGACAUGCUAAAUUAUCUGGUUCCUGCUACUUGCUGCAUCAUUAUCCUGUUUGUGUUUGACCUUCCUGCGUAUACGUCUCCGACCAACUUCCCAGCUGUACUGUCCCUCUUCCUACUCUACGGCUGGUCAAUCACACCCAUCAUGUAUCCCGCCUCCUUCUGGUUUGAGGUGCCCAGCACGGCCUACGUCUUCCUCAUCGUCAUCAACCUGUUCAUUGGGAUUACAGCCACUGUGGCCACUUUCCUGCUGCAGCUGUUUGAACAUGAUAAGGACUUGAAGUUGGUGAACAGUUACCUGAAGAGCUGCUUCCUCAUCUUCCCCAACUACAACCUCGGGCACGGACUUAUGGAGAUGGCCUACAACGAAUAUAUUAACGAGUACUACGCGAAGAUCGGUCAGUUUGAUAAGAUGAAGUCUCCAUUUGAGUGGGAUAUCGUCACCCGGGGCCUGGUGGCAAUGACCAUAGAAGGGUUUGUCGGUUUCUUCAUCACGAUUAUGUGCCAGUAUAACUUCUUCCGCAAACCACAGCGUCUCCCCAUUUCUAAUAAACCCAUUGAGGAUGACGACAUAGAUGUGGCAAACGAGCGACAGAGAGUUUUACGUGGGGGAGCGGAUAAUGACAUGUUAAAGAUCGAGAAUCUGACUAAGGUGUAUAAAUCUCGUAAGAUGGGCCGCAUCUUAGCAGUCGAUCGUCUUUGUGUUGGAGUCCAGCCUGGUGAAUGUUUUGGCCUCCUCGGAGUAAACGGAGCUGGGAAGACCACCACCUUCAAGAUGCUGACCGGAGACGAGAGCACCACAGGUGGAGAAGCCUUCAUCAAUGGUCACAGCGUGUUGAAGGAGCUUCUUCAGGUGCAGCAGAGCAUCGGGUACUGCCCACAGUUUGAUGCGUUAUUUGACGAACUGACGGCCCAGGAACACCUAGAGCUUUACACCCGUCUCAGGGGGAUCCCAUGGAAAGACGAGGAAAGGGUGGUAAAUUGGGCUUUGGAGAAACUGGAACUGACUCCCUACGCGGACAGACCAGCGGGAACCUAUAGUGGCGGCAACAAGAGGAAGUUAUCUACGGCCAUUGCUCUUAUCGGCUACCCGUCCUUCAUCUUUCUGGAUGAACCCACAACGGGAAUGGACCCCAAAGCUCGCCGUUUCCUGUGGAACCUAAUCCUGGAUAUUAUAAAAACGGGGCGUUCUCUGGUGCUGACGUCACACAGCAUGGAAGAAUGUGAAGCUCUCUGCACUCGCCUGGCGAUUAUGGUGAAUGGGCGUCUCAAAUGCCUCGGGAGCAUCCAGCAUCUGAAAAACCGAUUUGGUGACGGGUACAUGAUCACAGUGAGGAUGAAAUCCAGCGUCAACGUUAAGGAAGUCGUACGGUACUUCAACAGGAACUUCCCAGAAGCUAUUCUCAAAGAAAGACACAAUACUAAAGUCCAGUACCAACUCAAGUCCGAACAGGUCUCUCUUGCUCAAGUCUUCAGCAAGAUGGAGCAAGUGGUGGACGUGCUGGGGAUCGAGGACUACUCUGUCAGCCAGACCACUCUGGACAAUGUAUUCGUCAACUUUGCAAAGAAGCAGAGCGAUAAUCUGGAGCAACAAGAGGCAAACCAUACUAACACGGUGCCGUCCUCCAUGGAGCGAGUGCUGAGCCUCCUGCGACCCCGGACCACCCCCACUGAACUACGGGCCCUUGUGGUGGAGGAGCCAGAAGAUCUAGAGACUGAUGAUGAAGGCCUGAUCAGCUUCGAAGAGGAAAGGGCUCAGUUGUCUUUUAAUACAGACACGCUCUGCUGAGAAGACGUCUUCAUUCUGCAGUAAAACCCAAUACGCUGGAGACCACUGCCCCAUUUUUACUACAACCCCCCCCCCCCCCCCCUCCUUCCUCCAGGAAUCAAACCCAGGGGUUGUAUGGAAAUAUUGUCCACUGUGCCGGACAGCUGUGUAUACAGUGUACACGGACCUGGCUCAGGGUGCCACGUAUACCACUGUCCAUGCACAGGGGGUACUGCUCUGAAAUGGACAGAGAGAGCAGACUCCAUAACUGAACACAGCCGAGGCCAUAGCAAUGGCGCGUCAAAGACGUGGGUAGACAUGGGGCCCCGCGGCAUCUGCUAGGGCCAGAGAAUGGAUGAGACUGGCUGCAGCAGAGGAUUCUCUUUACUGAUGUCGUUUUAGGAAUGUAUAUACGUCAUGCUGCAGACAGGAGGCGCCACUGUCCUUGACGCACUUUCAUUUUUCAGGACAUUCGCAGCAGACGCGGUGCUCUGCUCUCCGGGCAUUACUAUGAUUUGGUUUUACGUUUUGCUGUUUUUAGUGCUGAUGUCCCCUUUUUUCCCCCCGUCUGUUUGUGCAAUAUAACUGUGCCAACCACUGUACAUAGUGUCGCUGCAGGGGGCGCUCAUGGCCAGCAGGUACCCUUGUGGCCAUUUUAAGGAACUGCACUGCCAAAAAAAUAUGGGUUAUGUAUGUUGUAUAUAAUGCUUUAUUUUGUGUUUUUGUUUGCCUUUUUCCAAAAAUUGCAAAUUAAAUGACCAAAAUAUGUGCACUUUA